GAGCUGCCGGGACCGGAUGUAGCGUCACGGGGCCGGAUAUCACGGAGGGUGUGUGCGUCCUGUCGUAGGGGGCGGGGCUCAGAGCCUGGUUUCCUCGGCUACCAUCGGCUGCUGGGUCGCGCGUGGCGUCGCAGCUGUGCAGAUAUGGGGUCUCCUGCAGGUUUGCAGGCAGACUGCGAGGCGCUGCUCAGCCGUUUCCAGGAGAUGGACAGCGUGCGCUUCGAGGACUUCACCGACCUCUGGAGGAGUAUGAAGUUCGGGACCAUCUUCUGUGGUAGAAUGAGAAAUUUAGAAAAGAACACGUUUACAAAGGAAGCUUUGGCUUUGGCUUGGCGAUAUUUUUUACCUCCAUACACCUUCCAAAUCAGAGUUUGUGCUUUGUAUCUGCUGUAUGGAUUAUAUAACACCCAACUGUGUCAACCAAAACAAAAGAUUAGAGUUGCCGUGAAGGAUUGGGAUGAAAUUUUAAAAUUUCAGCAAGAUUUGAUAAAUGCACAACAUUUUGAUGCAGCUUAUAUUUUUAGGAAGCUACGACUAGACAGAGCAUUUCACUUUACAGCAAUGCCUACGUUGCUGUCAUACAGAAUGAAGAAAAAAAUUCAACGAGCUGAAGUUACUGAAGACUUUAAGGACCCAAAUGAUCAUGUAAUGAAACUUAUCACUUCUGAUGUAUUAGAGGAAAUGCUGAAUGUUCAUGACCAUUAUCAGAGAAUGAAACAUAUAAUUUCAGCUGAUAGAUCCAAUCCAGACAAAGCCCUCAGCUUGAUAAAGGAUGAUUUUUUUGACAAUAUCAAGAACAUAGUUUUGGAGCAUCAGCAAUGGUACAAAGACAGAAAGAAUCUAUCCUUAAAAUCGAAAGCUAAAGAUGGAGAAGAAAAGAGUGAAGGAAAUUCACAACAAUUAGAGCGAAGUGAAAGGGCAGAAUCAUUAGCGAAAAUAAAAUCAAGGGCCUUUUCAGUUUUUGUUCAGGCAUCCAAGUCAAGAAGGCAUCGUCAGGUCAAACUUGAUUCUUCUGACUCUGAUUCUGCAUCUAGUCAAGGACAAACCAAAGCAACUAGGAAAAGAAAAAACAAAGAGACAUUGAAACCAGCAGGAAGGAAGAUGUCUUCCAGAAACAGAGGUGACAUGCAAAAUGGACAUAAGGAAGAUAAAUCUGUAAGUCUGAGUAUGCCUGUAAUUACAGAAGAGGAAGAGGAGAAUGAAAGUUUUAGGGAAACAGGUACGGAUGAAAUUUUAUUAAACUACUUAAAGAGCAUCAAUGUUUAGAACCCUUGAAGAGCAUGACGGUUGGCUGUGUGUUCCUGUGAUGCUUUAACUUUGGUACACUGGAGAAUUUUAGUGUUAAUCAGACUGUUAAUCAUGACACUUAAAAGUAAGUGGUAAUACAGUAAAUAAAUGGAUAUGGA